AUGAACGGCGACUUGAGCCUGUCGCGCUCGCUGGGCGGUCUGCGCAUAGCCAAUCCCGACGACGACGACGACCAAGACACUCCGAUCACCGUCGCCCAGCCAGAAACACAUACCUCCCAGACACAGCUGCAUACACCGCCGCCCACCGCUACCUCUGCCCACUCAUCCUCAGCCACCACGGCGAGUCCCAGCCAACUACCACGCUCCACCCCUUCGACUCCUGACGACCGCCCCACCAUCUCGUCCCAGUCGUCAGGCAGCACUAUCACCGCCCUUAACCACUCGCGUGGCUUGUCACAACUCUCGUCCAUCUACCCGAACGAACACGACUCUCACUCCCAAUAUGCUGCCUCGUUUCACUCGAACGCUCCUUCACAUUCAGACUAUGCUCCUAGCCAUCUAGCCUCGACCGACCCCUAUAACUCCACCAGAACAUACCGUGCCGCCUCGGGUGACUCCGAACAGCUCUAUCGCCAGCGUGCCGGCUCCUACGAGGCUCAACUUCCCCAAUACCCUCAAAACCCCCGCAUGUCCAACAUGUAUACACAUCAGAACGCCUCCAGCACUUCUGCCAUCUCGCAGGCUUCCUCGUACAGAUAUCGUGAUGAUGUUUCUACUCAGUCUGGUCUCGCCAGGAGUGCUUCAAGAGCCGCCGCUGCUGCCAUGGGAGCACACCCUCCUGCUCGCUCUGCCAGUCGAAGUUAUCGUGGUCCAGACGGUCAAAAUGUCAUGCCACCCCGGAGAAGCUCUAAGCGUGUUACCUCCGGCUAUGGUCCUGGCCCUGCCGGCUCUGUAUAUAGUAUGGAAGGUGGUCCGCUUCCUAGCAGCGAAGAAUGGAAAGAGCGUGGAGCUGCAGUCGCCACCAGACAAGAGGUUGAUCAGAACGGAAGGCCUGUCUCCAAAAUCGUGAAGAAGGGAGUCAACGACUUCCAUUUCGGUCGUACUCUUGGAGAAGGCUCAUACAGCACAGUACUUGCGGCUACCGAUCGCCAGAUACACCGUGAGUAUGCUGUUAAAGUCCUGGACAAGCGCCAUAUCAUCAAGGAGAAGAAGGUCAAAUAUGUCAACAUCGAAAAGGAUGCGCUGAAUCGCCUGACCGAGCACCCCGGCAUUGUCCGCUUGUACUACACCUUCCAAGACGAGCGCUCACUAUACUUUGUUCUCGAUCUCGCCAACGGUGGUGAACUACUCGGCCACCUCAAGAAAAUGGGCACCUUCGACGAAGAGUGCACACGCUUCUACGGCGCUCAAAUCCUUGACUCGAUAGCCUACAUGCACUCGAAGGGUAUUAUCCAUCGAGAUCUCAAGCCGGAAAAUGUCUUGCUCGACGAACAGAUGCACACCAAGAUUACCGACUUCGGAACUGCCAAAAUCCUGGAUAUCAGAUCGAGGCCCCAAGAUGGUGGCGGUACUGGCAACGAUGGCCCGGGUGCCGGUGAUCCAAUGGAUGGCGUCGAACAGGAGAGAGCUGUCUCGUUUGUUGGCACUGCUGAGUACGUCAGUCCAGAACUCUUGACUGAUAAGAACGCCUGCAAAGCGAGUGACCUUUGGGCCUUUGGCUGCAUUCUCUACCAACUGCUCGCCGGUCGCCCGCCAUUCAAGGCCGGAAACGAAUACCAGACCUUCCAGAAGAUCGUUGCUUUGGAUUACCAUUUCCCCGACGGCUUCCCUGCAGUAGCAAGAGACCUGGUAGAGAGACUGCUGGUCCUCGAUCCAUCCAAGCGUUUGCCCAUCGAUCACAUCAAAGCACAUCCGUUCUUCGAUGGCAUCCAGUGGGGUAAAGGGUUAUGGAAGCAAAAGGCACCACGUCUCCGAAGUUAUAUGCCUGGCCCGUCUCAGUCCCAACCUAUCCGACUCAAUGGCGGAGAUCCCAUGGCUUCAGCCCCUGCGCCAACCAUCCCGGGCAUACCUACAGUCCCCAGUUCUCAUCCAGCUUCGCCUCCAACAACCCAGCCUCCGCAGCAGGUGCCUCGUCCACAGCUACGAGCCAUCACCGAGCUAGCACCUCCCAGCCAGCUUGAUAUCGACUGGUCACCUGUGCUUACACGGAACAACGAACGUAUCAUAAAGUUGGGAAAUCUCAACGUCAUAUCUUGUCCAUCUCCGCAUAGUCCUACUGCAAACGGUGGGGAGGAAGCUUCGAGGAAGUUCUCGCGAUUCUUUGGUGGAGCUACGACCAAAAAGCGCCAACGACUUGUUAUGAUCACUUCUAGUGCACGAGUCAUAAUCGCAGCUGCUGGAGGUAAUGAGAAGAAAGCAAAGCUGGACCUCAACUUGCUUGCCAAUGGAACGUCUUGGAAGACCUUCCAAGACGCCAAAGGCUUGACUGCCUUCUGUAUCGACACUCGUGAUAAACACUUCUCUUUCGAAGAUCCUCGGGCGACCACUUCAGAUCCAGAGGGGUCCAAGUAUUCGACCAAAGAGUGGAUGGAGGCGAUCAAUCAAGCAAAGGACACAGCACUAUCACAAUCCAUCGCAAACUCGUACUCGGGGGAAUCUCAGUACGGCGAUCUGGCAUCGACCAUGUCUAGCCCCACCAGUGCAAGUGGUGGUGACGGUGGAGGUGAGCAGCAAUCGAUACACUCUGUGCGGAACACAUUGCGCAAAGAUCCUGGCGACAACGAGAGUGUCAAGAGUAGGAAGCCUCGGUUCAGCAAGCGACACUCAAAAAGUGGGCUGGCAGCUGUCUUCUAA